CCUCUCUAAACUCCUCCUUCUCUCUCCUCUCCAUAAUAAUCCCCAUGCCUUGCCUUUACAUCUCCACCAACGUCGAUCUCGCCGGAGCCGACUCCGCCGCCAUCUUCGCUGCCACAACCUCCGCCGUCUCCUCCAUUAUCGGCAAACCCGAGAAUUAUGUUAUGGUGUUGUUGAAAGGGUCGGUGGCGAUAUCGUUCGGGGGGAACAAGGAACCGGCGGCAUUUGCGGAGGUGGUGUCGAUGGGAGGAAUAAACUCAGAAGUAAAGAGGCGGCUGAUCGCCACCAUUGGAAGCAUUUUGAAGGAGAAGCUGUCAGUUCCGCCUGCGAGAUUCGUUCUUAAAGUCCACGACACGACGGCGGGUCGCCCCGUUUCAAAAUUAUGAAGCUGUUCCAAGUUUGACCUUUUCUUGUUUGACAGUUAAAACUGUGGGAGUUAUACAGUUGAAAUUCGUUACGGAAGCUAUGAUAAUGAGAGGUUUAAUAA